AAUUGAAAGACAAUGAAGAUGCCGAGCAAUUCACAUCUUAAACCCGCCACUUCUUACCCACCAAACUUUCAAAAUCUCUGGUAAGAUUAGAACAUAGCGAUUUUGCUUUACAUUUAUGUUUGCAAAGAGACCCAAACCCCUCCUUUCGUUCCCAAAACAACAACUCUCAAAUCCUCACUUCUUCUUCUUCUCAACACAUACUACACUUCACUCACCUCUGUCUUCUCUCCCACCACGCCCUUCCAUCAACCAAACCAAGCAAGCCCAUGCUCAAAUCAUCGUUUCCGGCCUCGCCGCCAGUGCCAGCUUCACGGGUCACCUCCUCGCCUCUCUUGCUCUCUCCCCAUCAACCCCAUUUGCCUAUUCACUCUCCAUUUUUCAAACGAUUCAAUACCCAUCUCUUUUCGCCUCCAAUAACAUGAUCCGGUGCCUCGCCAAGAGCGAGUCGCCUCGUGAGUCGGUUGUACUUUACUCGUGUAUUCUGGGAAGGAAUUUGAUACCCAAUAACCAUACUUAUACGUUUUUGUUGCAAGCUUGUAGUAAAGCUUUGGCUAUAUGUGAAGGGGCUCAGGUUCAUACGCAUGUGGUGAAACUUGGUUUUUGUGAGGAUGUGUUUGUUAGGAAUGCUUUGAUUCAUUUGUAUUCUGCUUGUUGUAGGGUGGAAUGUUCGAAACGGGUGUUCGAGGAGAAUGGCCAUUGUCGAGAUGUUGUUACUUGGAAUUCAAUGCUAGCGGGGUUUGUAAGAGAUGGGCGGAUUGGUGAUGCGGAGAAAGUGUUUGAUGAAAUGCCUGAAAGAGAUGUUAUCUCGUGGAGUACAAUGAUUAUGGGUUAUGUGCAGAAUGGACAGUUGGAAGAAGGAUUGGAGUGCUUUAAGGAGAUGAGAGAGAAGGGGUUGAGGCCGAAUGAGGCCAUAUUGGUCACGGUGUUAUCGGCAUCGGCCCAAGUGGGUUUGCUUGAAAAUGGUAGAUUAAUUCAUUCCAUUGUAGAUUCUUUGAAUUUUCCGAUGACUGUUUCCCUUGGUACAGCGCUGGUUGACAUGUAUGCAAAAUGUGGGUGCAUUGAACAGUCUAAACUCUUGUUCCACAAUAUGCCCCGAAGAGAUAUUUCAUCAUGGAAUGCCAUGAUUUGUGGGUUGGCCUCGCAUGGCCUUGGAAAGGAAGCACUUGCACUUUUUGAAAGGUUCAUAAAUGAAGGUUUUCAUCCAGUGAGUGUGACUUUCAUUGGGGUCUUGAAUGCCUGUAGUAGAGCAGGUUUGGUUAGCGAGGGCAGGCAUUAUUUCAAGCUAAUGACAGAAAAGUAUGAUAUUGAGAUGGAGAUGGAGCAUUACGGGUGCAUGGUUGAUCUAUUGAGCCGUGCUGGUUUUGUUGAUGAAGCUGUGGAAUUGAUUGAAAAGAUGCAAGCUCCGCCAGAUCCGGUAUUGUGGGCAACAUUGCUUGGUGCUUGUAAGAUUCAUGGAUCAGUAGAACUGGGUGAAAGGAUUGGAAAUAAGUUAAUACAAUUGGAUCCAACCUAUGAUGGGCAUUAUGUACAAUUAGCCAGUAUAUAUGCCAAAGCAAGGAAAUGGGAAGAUGUGGUUCGAGUUCGGAGAUUAAUGGUGGAGCAAAACACUAAUAAAGUUGCAGGUUGGAGUUUGAUUGAAGCACAGGGCAGAGUUCAUCAAUUUGUUGCAGGGGAUAGAGAGCAUGAGCGUUCUUUGGAGAUCUACAACAUGCUUGAAACAAUUGGAACUCGAAUAGCAGAAGCUGGUUACUCUCCAAAGAUCUCAUCUGUAUUGCAUGAUAUUGGGGAAGAAGAAAAAGAGAAUGUAGUUAAAGAGCAUAGUGAGAGGCUAGCAAUUGCUUAUGGUAUGUUAGUAACAAAGGUAGGGGAUUGCAUUCGAAUAGUGAAGAAUUUGAGGGUUUGUGAGGAUUGUCAUGAGGCGAGCAAGAUGAUUUCCAAGGUGUUUGACAGAGAAAUUAUAGUGAGGGAUUAUAGCAGAUUUCAUCAUUUCAAGGAGGGAAAAUGUUCUUGCCUUGAUUAUUGGUAAUGCUUAAUUUUAAACCAUCAAGAGAUCUUUUUGAUCUUCUGAUUCUUCUGGAAGCUUUCACUGAUAAAUUACCGAUGCUGAGCUGGAUAAUCAUCCAGCUCUAUUAGCUGCUGCUGUUGUUGCUGCUGCAAGAAGCACUUCGUGUCCACCUUCCUUGCAAACUCUUCUGGAGGAUGUGCCUGAGUUGGGGAUUCUGAUAAAAGUUCCAGAAGUAGGAA